AUGCAAAGACACGUGCGGCGUAAUGUGCAGGGCGGAAAUGCAGGCGCCAAGCGGCCUCGCUCAUCGGCCGUGGAGCACGGCGAACGUGGCAGCGGGGCGCCGAAGGACCCGUUCGUCCUUCCCCUGCGGAAGACGCCGAAUGGCAGUGGCUGCUACCACUGUCUUAAUGAAACAUGCGACUGCUUGUGGGUGACGGAGAGACUGAAGGAAUGCUACGCGUCAUUGCCGGUGAAACGGCAGGUUGAAUACUACCGGAAGAGGGAAUUGUGCGCCAAGUCGGUCUUGUCACCGUUUGUUUCACGUCUAGUGCGGGUGGCCAAUGUCACCUCACGUGACACCUUCUAUGAUCUGGGCUGUGGUAACGGCAGCGUUCUCUUCCAGGUCGCCCUGAUGACUGGUGCCCGGUGCGUCGGCGUGGAGAUCAACGCACAGAACGCGGCGGUCGCGAGGCAGGCGUGGCAGCGUCUUCGUCCCAUUUUCGAAUCACACUGUGGAAAGACACUCGAAGUCGAGAUUAUCUGCGCAGACUUUUGCUCUGUUGUGAAGGACAGUGAUUUCUUCGGCCCUUCCCCUGUAAUCUGGGCUGCAAACCUGUUGUUGCCGCGGCCAGUGAACCAUUUCCUGUCGGAACGCUUCCGAUCGCUCCCGAAAGGAAGCCGCGUGCUGUGCUUGGAGGAUUUGUACCCGCAUGCGCGAUCUGUGGCGGCGGUGCGUGACCCCGACGCGUUCGAGAAGUUUGACAUGACAGAUUUUAGGUGGCAGGCGAACAGCGUUGAGUGGUGCGGCAUGGAGGGCCCAUUUUUCAUGUACACGAAACGCACGUGA